UAGUCGUGUUUUGCCAUUAAUAUUUUAAUUUUCAGUCGCUGCGGACGUGUGCGUUUUUGGUCGUGCGGGUGGUACAAGAAAAAAAUGGCGAAAAGUGUCGGUAGUGCGUGCGCGCAAAUCGCAAUUUUAUUAACAAUUUACGGAUCAAUACAAUGUGUCAAUUCCCUACUAACUCCAACGGAAUAUAGCAGCCAUAGCAGUCCGCACACAACAAACAUACAUCCCCAUGAUGUGGUGCUGUUGUCCACAGCACAGGUGCAACGAAUGCGUCGUGCGGCGCCCGCUGCGCCAGCGGAGUCCACGCCCGUGGUGGCCAUGUCACCGGAUCAAAAGAAUCAAUACCAGAGCAUCAGUCCGAAUGCGAGCGUUAAUGUGGGCAGCACCGGCAGCAUUGCCUACGAUGUGCACAAUGUGGGCGUGAAUGGAACCGGGCAGCGCAAGGAUUUAACAGCCAGUGCCAACGUCACCAGCAGCAUCAACACUAGCAUCAAUGCGCCCGCUGCAGCGGCAGCCGCAGUUCCAGCUGCUGCUGCUGCUCCAGCUGCUGCUGGUCAAACGCCUGUCGCAUCACAGACUCCGGCUGCGGCGCCAGCGCCUGUUGCCGCCAGUCCGGCAAAGAAAACGCAAUUGAUGGCAGCACAGCAGCCAUCGCCAUCGCAGCAGCAACAGUAUCCCAAAAAGGUGGUCGUGGUACCAGUCGGUGCUGCCACGACAUCAACAUCGACGGAGCGGCCAAUCAUCGAUGAGGUCGAUGUGCCCGAGGAGAUCAUUACCAAGGAGGUGGCAAAUCAAACGCUCAAGAGUCAAGAGGAUCAUUUCGAUUACUACCGCAGCCUGUUGUAUGUGAGCAAGGAUGAGGUGGCCGCCCUGUGGUCCCAAAUGGUCACAAUACGCGAGAAUAAUAUGCUCUCGUCAGCGCAUCGUCGCGCCAUGACCGUUGAGCUCACUUUCGAUUUCCCCUUCUAUGGUCAUUAUGUGCGUAAUGUGACUGUCGCCACUGGAGGAUUCCUUUACACCGGCGAAUAUGUGCAUUCCUGGCUGGCGGCCACUCAAUAUAUUGCUCCACUUAUGGCCAACUUUGAUACCACCCUUUCAGAUGAUUCGUUUGUGCGUCUCAAGGAUAACGGCACCGCUUUCACCGUCGUCUGGGAGAAUGUGACACUGCAGGACAAGCCCGAAUAUGGCAACUUUACGUUCAGUGCGACACUGCAUCAGAAUGGCGACAUCACUUUUGUGUACUAUCGCCUGCCCACCUUGAUUAGCAACAUUCUCGACAGCCAGCAUCCGGUCAAAGUUGGUCUCUCCGAUGCCUACAUUGUCGACAAGAUGCUCUACUUUGCACGCCGUAAGACGAUCUUUGAGUACCAUCGCGUCAGUUUUGGACAGCAGGAGAUCACGAAUAACACAAUCAUUAUGCUAACGGCACUGCCAACCUGCUUGGAUUAUCACGACUGUCAGUCGUGCAUGAAUCACAACACGACUUUCCAGUGUGCUUGGUGCCCGACACUCAAUCGCUGCUCCACAGCCACUGGCAAUGAUCGCAUGAAGCAGCUCUGGCAGCAGAAGGGCUGCGAUCGCACCAGCAUCUCAAAGAUCGAGCAAUGCCCGCCGCUGGGCAAGAAGGGCAACAAUGCCACACAGGAGCAAAGUGGCAGCAAAAACAGCAACAACGGUGGCGUCAUCUCAACGACGCCAUCAGCCAAGGAUGUCACUGAGUCAACGGUGAGCAGCACCCAAUCAUCGGUGUCGAAUGCGGUGGCGACAGACACCGCCAAGGAGAAGAGCGAGCAUCUCGAUGCGGUCUCGCCCGAGAAUAAGAAUGUGGGCGUUGCCUUUGGUUUUAUGGUGCCCAUUUGCCUCGUGUUUGCCGUGACACUAUGGCUCUUCUAUGCGUACCGCAAUCCACACACAAGAAGCGGACAGCUCCUCAUACAGUUCCGUCCCAGCCAGUGGUCAUGGAGGCGUGGAGAGGCGCGCUAUACGGCAGCCACGAUACACAUGUAAAAGGAGCUGAGCCGUGUGAUAGUUUUGUGGUUGUACCUGUUACUCAUCCAUCCCCUAUCCUCUUCUUAGUCUUUCUCUCUCUCUCUUUUUCUCAUGUAUUCUCCUAAUCCAAUGAGUAACGAGUCACUGAGCCCGUGAUGCAAAACAGAAACAGAAUUACAAACAAAAUAUCAAAAGUGACAGGUGCAAUUUUAUCCAUACAAAAUACAAAACAACAAAAAAAUUCUAAAAAAAAAAAAAAAAACUAAAAAGAAAACCCACUUCCUUCCCUUUCCGUCUCGUCGUCUUAUCAAAAGUAUACAUUUACAUAUGGUAUUGGCAAUUGUGCUCAGAUUGUAAAUUGAAAUCAACAACAACAACACACACACACAUGCAUACUUGCUGCUAUUUUAUAUACAUCAAAGGUAAUAUAUAUACAAUGUGAAUAUUAUGUGCUGGCUGUCUGGGGCAACUGAUUAUUUUGUAACAGUCCCUAAGCAGCCAUAAGAAAACUAUAACAACACCACUCAACAACAACAUAAAAGAAAUAUGUGUAAAUCAAUUGUGUUCAAUUAUAGCAACAGUUUUUUAACAUGAAAUCAAUCCACGGCCAUUAAAGCCAGACUGUUAGUUAUGCACACAGGGGAAUAGCUGUUGUCAUGCUCGGAUUUAUAAAGCGAGAGCUCAAGAUAUAUCAAAAGACAAGCGCAGAUUUCCUUUUUUUGAUUUUUGGGUGCGCAGCUCUUUUCCUUCCCAGCCAAAAUAUUGUAAACUAAUUGAAAAGACAACAAAAAUAUAUAUAUAUAAAUUAAAGAUAACAACAACAGCAAAAUCAAAACAACAUAACGUGUGCAUUGUGCUCUUCCUAAUUCGGAUUUUAUUUCUAUUUGAAUUCGUUGUUUGUUGUUUCGUUAAACCAGCUGCUAAAUUUAUGCAACACUUUAAAAAUGUGAGAAAACUACGAGUAUGUAAAUGGCAAAAGAAAAAAAUAUGCCGCAAAAAUACUAAAAUGUACCGAAAGCUAUAUUUGGUAUAUUUACAUUUCCCUAAAUGAAGUGAGAAUAGAGAUUUUGCAAAAUUAAAUAGAAAUGAUCUAUGUCAAUCAUGUUUUAAAAGCGUUUGCAUAAAUGAUGGCAUCCAAUUUGCUCAGGCCUCGGACCACACACACACACACGAACACACACAUAUCAACACGCACAUAAAUACACCUCCAACCCAACCACACACCCAACACACAGACGAGACCUGUUUGCAAUUUAGUAGUUUAAUUGUAAAAACAUUUUUUCAGUUUAUUUUAUAUUAUUAUUAUUUUUUUUUAUAUUCAUCUAUACACAAUUUGUUUUUAUGUUCUUCUAUCCUUUGUCAGGCGUGUUCCGAGUUCCGUAAACGCGCACGAAAAUUGAAUUGUUUGCUGUUUAUUAUUUUGAUUUCUAGACUUCUUUAUGAUUUUCGUUUUUCAUAUGCAAACUGUUUUCAGUUUUAUUCGCUUUUUGGAUCUGGGAACACAAGCCUCUAAUAUUCCUAUUGGUAUUUCUAUUGGAAAACUGAAAUUGAAUUAUUUUCAAAUUUCUAUAACUAUAAAAAAAUAUAUAUUCUCAUUUUUGUAUGAUUCGUUUAUUAAUGUUUUUUUUUUAAUUGAAUUGAAUUGAAUUAAUUGUGUGUAUUAUAUGAAUACUACAGCUGUAUAUGUAGAACUUUAAUCUACAUAUAAAUAUAUAUAUAUAUAUAGAUAUAUAUUGUAUACAAUAAUGGACAUGUCCAUGACGACCUCUUCUUUUUGUUAGUAUUUUUUUCUAUUAAUUAAUAUUAAAAAUAUAUAAAGUGAAAUGCGGUGUGCAAGUAUAAAAGAAAAGCUAAACUAAUUAUAUAAUUACAUAAGCUAAACAAAGCGAAAAUAUAAUAAUAAAAGACACGAAAGAAAUGAGAAACGAUGAAAAUGAAAAUAAAAGAAGCAAC